AUGGGAAUGGUGUUUCCUCCACCUCUGCACUCUCAAAUCUACUCUCCACGUCAUAAAUUUUCAGGCACUAUCAUAUCACAAACACACAGACAAGGCUCUAUUACUCUCCCAGGUGUCUAUAAUGCUAUUGCAGAAAAUGGAAAGCUGGGGUUUUCUGUUAACAGUGAAGACUAUUCAUACUUUCAUCUCUUGCAGGUCUACCCAACUAUGAGAUCCAUACAAAACCCAAGAGAAGCACAUGCCCACAUUAUCAAAAAGGGAUUAGAGCCAGGUUUGUCUUUGUCUAAUCACCUUCUUUAUUGGUACAUCAAAUCUGGGGAAUUAGAUGAUGCACGCCAACUGUUCGACAAAAUGUCUAAACGGAAUAUCAGCUCAUGGGGACACAUAAUUGCUGGUUAUGCUCAAAAUAGGUGCAGUUUCGAAGCAUUGGAACUGUUUCUGUUACUGCAAAGACACAAAAGUGAACUGGAUGAGUUUGUUAUUACUAGUGCCGUUCAAGCAUGCAGUGGUCUGGAUGAUUCUGAGCAGGGUAUGCAAAUGCAUGCGCAUGUUAUAAAAUCUAGGCUGGACUGUGGUGUUGGUAUAGGAACGGCCUUGCUUACUAUGUAUUUGAAGUUCGGUAAUAUAGAUGCAGCGCGCAAAGUGUUUGACAGAAUGAGGAAUCCAAAUAUUGUCUCUUGGACAGCUAUGAUUACAGGGUAUGCCAAGAAUCAACGAGGCGAAGAGGCCCUACAAUUAUUUUCUGCAAUGCGAAGUUCACUAUUGAAACCAAACCACUUCACUUUUGCAAGUGUGCUCAGCGUGCUUACUGCCCUUGGAGUUUUAGAAGAGGGGAAAGGAGUCCAUGCCUGUGCCAUUAAAACAGGAUUUGAGAUCGAUGUGAGUGUAGGCAGUGCCCUCCUUACCAUGUAUAUAAACUGUGGGAAUAUGGAAGAUGCAUUCAAAAUGUUUGAGGGCAUGCCUAUACGAAAUGUUGUCUCCUGGACUGCUAUGAUUGGUGGUUAUGCACAGAAUGGAUGUGGUGAGGAGGCAUUGAAACUCUUUAGCUCUAUGAUACGAACAAGAGUAAAACCUAAUGAGUUCACCCUCUCUUGUGUGCUUAGUGCUUGCUUAACCCAAGCAGCUCUGGGACAUGGUAAAGAGGUACAUGCCCAAAUUCUUAGAAAUGGAUUUGAUUCAAACCUAAUUAUUGGUAGUGCUCUCAUUACAAUGUACUCCAGCUGUGGUCUUACCGAUUAUGCAGAGUCAGUCUUUGAGAGAAUGACUGAACUAAAUAUAGUGGCAUGGACUGCUAUGCUUACAGGAUAUGUCCAAAACUGCCGAUACGAGGAAGCUCUGAAACAUUUUGUUAACAUGCGACAAGAAGGCUUGAAACCAAACCAAGUCACCUUUGCAAGUGUUCUCAGUGCAUGUGCAAGCCUUGCGAGUUUGGCACAAGGGAAGCAACUUCAUGGUUCUAUUGUCAAAACUGAAUUCAUGUCAGAUGUUUCCGUAGCAAAUGCUCUUGUUACUAUGUAUGCCAAAUGCGGAAGCAUAGAGGAUGCGCAUGAUGUUUUCAAUGAAAUGCCUUAUCGAGAUCUUAUUUCAUGGAAUGCAAUAAUUGCAGGAUAUGCACAACAUGGAAAUGGUAGAAAAUCCCUUCAACUAUUUGAGCAACUGCAGCAAAUAGGCAUUAGGCCAGAUCUUAUCACCUUUGUGUGUGUGCUUUCUGCCUGUUCAAAUGUUGGUCUCGUGGAUGAAGGUCGCUACUACUUUGGUUCCAUGACUCGAGAACAUGGUAUAAUUCCAUGUCUCGAACACUAUACCUGCAUGGUAGAUCUUCUUGCCCGCGCAGGGCUCCUGGAUGAGGCAGAGCAAGUAAUUGAUAAAAUGCCAUUAAAACCUGAUGUUAAAGUGUGGCGGACCGUGCUCAGUUCCUCCAGAAUGCAUGGUGACAUGAAGCUAACAGAGCAUGCUGCUGAAUGUAUUCUUAAAUUGGAACCAAAAAAUGCUUCAACAUAUGUGCUCUUGUCAAAUAUAUAUGCUGCAACUGAGAGGUGGGAUUCUGUGGAAAAGAUUACGAAAAUUAUGAAAGAUAGGGGCGCUGAAAAGGAACCAGGAUGUAGCUGGAUAGAGGUUCAGAACAAUGUACAUACGUUUGCUUCCAGCGAUAGAUCACACCCUCAAGCAGAGAAUAUCUAUGCAAAAAUGGAUGAAUUAUCAUGGAAAAUACAAGAGGAAGGUUAUGUUCCCUAUACAGAAUUGGUGUUAAAUGAUGUACAGGAACAGCAAGAAGAUCAAGUAGUUUGCUACCACAGCGAGAGGCUGGCCAUUGCAUUUGGGCUUAUAAACACCUCUUCUGAAAUGCCUAUUCGAGUUUUCAAGAAUCUCCGUAUUUGUGGUGAUUGCCAUACUUCCACCAAGUUCAUAUCAAAGAUUGUUGGUCGAGAAAUUAUUGUGAGGGACACGAAUCAAUUCCAUCAUUUUCAGAGUGGGUUAUGCUCAUGUGGAGAUUAUUGGUGAUUUGUACUACAGAAUGUCUGUGAGGAUAGGCAAGAACUCUAUGUUGGCAUAGUUUUUCGUCAUAACAUGGAAAAAACAAUAGUUGGCGCAAGACAGAAUAGGGAAAACAUAAACAGUAGGUAUUUCUCUUCAAUGGUCCUUGGUUUAGGGAUUGAGCCUUUCUUAUAACAAAACAAGUUUAAGAUUAGAAUAUGUAUGCGUUGCAGAACCCUAAGCUUUGCCCCUCGAUUCCUUCCGCUGUAUCUCAUUUAUGACAGCAAUAAGAAACUCUGUAAAUCUUACUC